AAUUGUGCCGCGGCAGGGCUGUGUCCUCCCAGCAGAUUAGCUUGGGGCGUGUAAUUGGCUCAGUGGCUGAGCAUAAAGCCCAGGGAGAGCACCUCCUGCUGGGACAGACUGCCAGGGGUCCAGGACUCCGGCCAGGCAGAAUCCGGAGAGCGUGUGUGUCAGUUGGCAGAGCCACACACUGCCCUGGAUGAGCACCGAAACUCUCCCACUGCCUCCCCCAGCUGCUGGGUUGUGCCUCAGAGAACAGGAGAACUCCGGGGUGGAUGUAUUCGGGGACAUGGUGGAAAGUGGGACUAUGGCUGGGAAUGUUCCCAUAGCCACCCCACCCGACGACUCCUUGGCCCCCUCGCUCGAUGUUGCUGCUGGUUCCCUUGCCAAGGACAAUGCGCUGCAGGAACCGUCCACCUCAGGACAGGAGGGCAAACAUGUUGAGAGGGGGCCGCCAUCUCCAGUCAAGCCUCCAGAGGGGACUGAAAUGGCAGAGGCCUCAAAGUCACCAGGCCAAGGGCAGGAUGACGGCUAUUCCGCUAAACAGGACAAGACCGCAAGUCCCUCCCCGCAACUGAAUUCUGAGGAUGCCGCAAGCCUGUUGGCCCAAGGGGGACAGGGCAGCCAAUCUGUGUGUUGUGACAAGAUGCCGGGUGCCCCGUGUCCUACUGGGACCUUGGAACGGCUGGCGCAAGAGGAGGAGGCCAGUCUGAAUCACUGCCUUGAGAAGAAUGGAGCUGGGCCCACUGACUCCUUGAAACAGUUGGGACAUGGCCAAGAAGAAAAAGGAACUCCUCUUCUUUAUUGUGUGGAGACCUCAGGUGUUUCUUCGGAGCAACAGAAAUUCGCCAGCACCUCAAAUCAACUGGACGUAUGGGAGGAGAGUGGCAUUGUGGGUAGUCACAGCCAGGAUCCUGCUUCAGAACCUCUAGAGGAACCUGAACUUGUCUGCUGCAGGGGAGACAGCCAAGUUGAUUGCGCUGCAUCCUCCCAGACUCCCAGCAUCUCGCUUCCGGGGACCAAUUCCCCAAAGCAGUCAUGGGAGGGAGACUGUUUGGUCUUUCCCAACCACCACCCCAGCUCCGCUCUCUGUGCUGAGCACCAGGAGACGUUUGACACUGCCAGCGUCGAUCGAGACAUAAAACCAGGCUGCUCGGAAACUGUAGAGGCUGGCAAGGAGGAAAGCACGCCCAGGGAGCUGGACGAUCAGUCCCAAGCUGCAGAGGAAUAUCCGGGUAACCUGAAUUGGCAGUUAUUUGGGGAGGGCUCGGUGGAUCACUCCCAAACAACGGAGAAGCAAGAUGCCCAAGACGCUGAACGCACCCCAGCUGGACUUUCGCUGGCAUUGGUAGACGCUCAGCCAGAUGCUGGCACCUAUUGCCAGCAGAGGGCAGCAGGCGCAGAUGGCGACACUCCCCUCCAGGCAGCGCCGAAGCAGUCUCCUGGGGCAACCGGUGACUCCUCUGGACCUGCCCACUGGGGCCUGGCUCCUGACUGUGGCAGGCAAGAGAGGGAAGGACUGGCUGCUGAGGAAUCGAGCGGAACCGGCAACGACAGCCAAGCCCAGGGAGAGGCUGGAGCCAAGGCUGCGCUGGAAUCUGAGAAGGGAGAGGAGGAGGCACCCAGCCGCGCUGGGCCUGGGGAAGCCACCUGCGUACCAGAGAGUGCAAAGGACCUAGCUGGUGCCAAAGAUCCAGCCGGAGAAUCACCUGGCUCGGAAAGCCCGACUGGCACAAGGAAUCCAGCUGGUCCCCAAGACCAAGCUGGUACCAUGGUGCUAGCUAGCGCUGAAGACCCACUUGGGGCCAGGGACAGAGCGGGCUCUCAAGAUUUGGCCGGCACCGCAUGCCCAGUUGCCGUUUCGGAGCACGCCACUUCCAGUCUGAAACCUGGAGACCAAUCGCUCCUCGGUGCCAGGGACCCUGCCAGCACCGAAGACCUGGUUAGCCCGGCAGACCCAGUCUGUGCCACAUCCACGCCCAGCAGGCCCCCUGGGACUGGCGGCAUGGACUGGACGGGAAAUGCCACGGAGCAUACGGAGGCCCUGCCCGCUGCCCCCGAGACCCCAAUCGAGCGAGAGAUCCGUCUCCACCAGGAACGGGAAGAGCACCUGCGGCGGCAAAGGGGCCUGGCUAGCCCCUGGGGCACCCAGGAGUAUGUGGAGGUGCGCAUCAGGCCCAUCCUGAACCAGAACCUGGGGCCCCCCAUGCUGCCCAAGGAGAAGGAGCGCCAGUGGGCCGGCGUUCAAAUGCAGAGGGAGAUCCAGCGGGAAUGUCAACGGGAAGAGGACCUGGUUCAGCUGGGGAAGGUCAGGGGGGCCUAUGACCGCGGCACCCCGCAAGAGAUGCAGGAGAAGUUGAUGAUUUUUGAACAGCAUCCCAGCCCGGAACCUCCAGCCCCCAGGAAGAUGCUGUGCAGCAGCCCCAGAGGGGCGAGGGGGCUCUCCUUUGCGGAGGCCAACAGCACCGCCAACAUGGUCAUCGUGGACUCUGGCGCUCUGCUGCGAGCCCAACGGCCGCUGCCCGAGAGAACCCCUGCAUCGGCCAACCCCUUCUUCUGCUUGCGUGCCAAAAGUCCCCAGUCUCUGCUGGAGCAGGAGGUCCAAGAAGCUCAGGAACGAGAGCGGGAGCUGCAGAGGCAAAGGCACAACCUGUAUGGCUCAGCGUUGCCCUGCCAGGCAGCAGAGGCCUCAGCUCAGGAUGAGGAGAUCCCCAGCCAGCCAGAGAGACCUUCCUGCAAGAAGCUGGAUGUCACCUGGCCCCCUCCGAGCCCUCCGGAGACCUCUCAGGUGAAUGGCCUCCAUCAGCCGGAGAGAAGCCCUCGAAUCCUCCGCCGACAGAGGAGUGCCUUAAUCCAGCGCUGGGAGUCGGGAGCUGUUGGCAACCAGGACAGUGAAGAUUAGGGGGCUGCCUCGGCAAGAAAAGCCGCUGGGUUGCAUCUCCAGUGCAAAAGACACAAGGGCUCCCCUGUGCCUCCCCCAACCUUGCACAAAACAUAACUCACGGGGCGCAUGUUGAGUGCACCUCUGGAGCCGACCGUGUGUUCUCUCCACUCCACCUUUUGAUUUGUCAAAAAAAGUCCAAAAGCAUGUCUGCACAACCAGUUUGAUCCACAAGGCAGAAAUAGCAUUUAUAACCGGCUGCCUUCUUCCCAAUUUUAUCCUGGAACAAAGAGGAGAACGAUUUAAGGGAUGGGCUCCAAAGCAUUACUAUUCAUUUUAGUUUCUUUUUUUUAAUGUAGGUAACACCUGCUUGGACACUGAUUUCUCAACCCAAGGGCUUUCCAAACACAGGUUUCCCCUACAUUUGGUCUGCUUUGGGCAACCCCACACAGAAGUGUACGGGUGGAUCCAUGGAGGGGGAUGCACAGGAGCAGCUACACCUAAGUGUAUGUGUAGGAGCUGUCCCAUGCCGGCAGCAUCUUUUCCUGUUGAGGUCCGGUCGUUUAUGGGGAAGGGCCAUAGCACCAUAGUAGCAGAGCACCUGCCUUGCAAGGAGAAAGUCCUAGGUUUAAUCCCAGGCAGGGCUGGGAGAGAUUCCUGCCUGAAACCCUGGGGAGGUGCUGCCAGUCAGUGUAGACAAUUCUGAACUAGAUGGAACACGGGUCUGACUAGGUGAGGAAGAUUCCUACAUUCCUAUGUUUAACUGGUUGCGGAGGGCCAAUAAUCUGGGCAGACUUGCGCCUCUGGGCAUCUAUCUCAGGCGACUUGCGACCGCUCCCCCAGGACUUCUUUCAUUCUCAGAUUUGACCAAGUCACAUGUGGGUUUUGUCCCUGGGUAUUCACACUUGUGUACAAACAAGUAUUGUAGGAACCAGCGCACAGGCAGUUGCUGCUGCUGCUACUACUACUGAGAUGAAAGAUGGCAAAUUUUUACCCUGGGGUAGUAUGCUUUGCCACUGACACUCCUUUUCAUUCAGCAAAAUAAGAAUCAAACAAGAAUCUUUCAAUGAAAAGAGCUCCUUGAUUUUGUCUACGCCAGCAAGAAUUAAAAGUAAAUCAAACGGGA